AAAAGGCUCGCGUCCUUUGUGAAGGUUUGCUCCCACGGCAAAGGUCGAUAAUAGUUUGUCGUCUCGAAAGGUGCUAAUUACGGCAAGUUGAGUUCACAAAACAUCAGUUCAGCCAUUGAGAGCAACACAAGUUAGCAAGCGACACGAGAUUCUGUCCCGCAGUCAGUGCACUUUUGUCCAGAGAGGUUAACAAGCUAUCCAGAACAAGAAAAAAUUGAGGGCAAACCUACAAAGUCAUGCGUCCACCUUAUAAACUCCUGUUCCUUGUACUUCUCCUCUCUUAUGAUGUUGUGGAAAGCAAAAGAAGUGUUCGCAGAAAGAAAAAACACGCCAACGCAAGAUUGAAAAACAAAACAAAAAUUUACAGGGAUUACAACUGGGCUCAUUCACAAACCGAUGUCAACUGGCGCAGUAUCCUGUCACUCACGAAAAAACCAACUAACAAGGUUCGCUGCACGAUUUUCUGCCGAAGUGGGUAUCAUCUACAAAUUCUCCCAACUGGGCUAGUGCGAGGAACAUUGGACCAAAGAAGCAAAUACAUUCACUUCGAGAUGCAAUCAUUCGGCCCCAGUCUUGUCAAGCUGAAGAGCGUCGCCACGGGCCGAUACCUUUCAAUGAAGAGAGACGGUGCACUUAGAACGACGAAACAUCUGCGAUCUAGAGAGACAAUUUUUCAAGAAAUCCACGAAUUGAACGCUUUUCACUCAUACGCUUCACAUAGAUAUUUCAUGCAGAAUCCCCAUGAUAUGCUGGUAGCCAUCAAACGCAACGGACAGAUCAAGCGAGCCACAAAAACAAAACCGGGCCAAACGGCAACACAGUUCCUCGUCAUAAAAUCAAAAUGAAUUCAGACUUCCUGUGGAAAUGAUUUCCCAUAAUCGAUAAAGAGAUGUGUUAUAGCGUCAGUUUUUUCAACACAGUAAAAUAGUUCCGUUCGUUUUAAAAACAUAUUUGUCACUGAACUUCAGCCAAUGCCCAAUUCUCUGAACAUAAGUACUAACGUGGGCUUCUAACUUUUCUCUUCUAGCGAAAAGUAGCCAAACGUUGUAGACUUUAGAAGGGCGUUUAAGCUUACUUACAGACUAUUCUAUAAGCACUCUCACAAUAACUAGAAAUAAUAUAUAUAUAUUUAUUUGCAGUGACAACAAAUUUUAAAAUUAAUAAGAAUGUAAGGCAGUAAUAUUUCAAAUAAGAAGAGCUAAUUUAAUUCCAAAAGUAGUCCCUAAUGCAGUUGUUCUGACCUCUAACAUGCAAGCACAUUACAUGGCAGUGGUAAGAACAACUGGACAGUAGACUACAAAUAAAGUAGAUAAAAGCAUGCAAUACUAAACUAAGAUAUUAUUAUGUAACGUUUUAUUCAAAUUCGGUUCAAAUGUCAAACUUUUUACUUAUUAUGGCCGAUGCGGCAUGGUUUCGCUUUUGUUCAUAUAAUACCCGCUGGCCGGCCUAAAAUAACCCAUAUUGGGCCUAUCAAAAUAUACCAUAUAUAUGCAAUAUAUGAGUUUUAUAGUAAAUGAUGAUAGCUUCAUAUUAGGUAAUGCUGACGGUUGCAUGGUAGAUGUAAAAAAGUGUUUUAAAUACUGUUAUUGAUCAAUAAAUGUGCAAAUAGUG